CGGGCGAGAACAGGGAGGGGGGAGGGAAGGCAGGGAAAGCUGCUGAGGUAAAGUUCGAGGUGGGGGCGGGGAACGGAGAGGGGGGCGCCGAAUGUCUCUGUGAGAGUGAAAGAGAGAGAGAGAGAGAAAGGGAGAGACGUGGGUCCAUCAGCGAACCCAGUGCUGGGGAGGCUUAGCCGCCGCCAUUACGAAGCCGGGAACACCGAGAGAGGAGGGAGGAGAUAUGAAGAUGGGGCGAGAGUUGUGAGAGGGGCUGCGACCAGAAGGGGAACGGCGGCCGCUGGCGCGGAGCGAGAGUUCCGGGAAUGCUGCUGUUCUCUCUGUGGAAAAGCCGGAGACCGAGAUCUUUUCAUCACUGAAAUGUGUGACAUUGCGAUACUUUGCAAGAGCUUGGCAUCCAUCUUCUUGCAUUUUUUUCUGUAAGGAAUCAUGGAGCAAUUGAUCUGGAGCACCCACUUUUAUUGCAAUCAUGAGGAUUUAAGAACUGAAAAUGAUUUUGAACUUUGGAGAUAAAAUUUUAGUAUGUGGCAUCAUUUUAAAGAAUGAGCAUUGCACCCAGCUGUGUUGGUGAAUUCAGAAGGAUGAGAAGAACACUAUGAUGGCAAAGAACAAAGAGCCUCGUCCCCCAGCCUAUGCUGUUAGUGUGGUUGGACUUUCUGGGACUGAAAAAGACAAAGGAAACUGUGGAGUUGGAAAAUCAUGUUUGUGCAAUAGAUUUGUGCGGUCAAAAGCAGAUGAAUAUUACCCUGAACAUACCUCUGUGCUUAGCACAAUUGACUUUGGUGGUCGUGUUGUUAAUAAUGAUCACUUUUUAUACUGGGGUGAUGUAAUACAGUGUGGAGAGGAUGGAGUAGAUUGCAAAAUUCAUGUUAUUGAACAAACUGAGUUCAUUGAUGAUCAGACAUUUCUGCCUCAUCGUAGUACAAACUUACAACCUUAUAUAAAGCGUGCAGCUGCAACCAAAUUGCAGUCAGCAGAAAAACUUAUGUAUAUUUGCACAGAUCAGCUUGGUUUAGAACAAGACUUUGAGCAAAAGCAAAUGCCUGAAGGAAAGCUAAGUAUUGAUGGAUUUUUAUUAUGUAUUGAUGUAAGCCAAGGAUGCAAUAGGAAGUUUGAUGACCAACUUAAAUUUGUAAAUAACCUCUAUAUUCAGCUUUCAAAAUCUAAAAAACCUAUAAUUAUAGCAGCAACUAAAUGUGAUGAAUGUGUGGACCAUUAUUUACGAGAAGUUCAAGCUUUUGCUUCAAAUAAGAAGAACCUUCUUGUAGUAGAAACAUCUGCAAGAUUCAAUGUUAAUGUGGAGACAUGUUUCACUGCACUGAUACAAAUGAUGGAUAAAACUCGUGGCAAGCCUAAAAUAAUCCCUUAUUUAGAUGCCUAUAAAACACAAAGGCAAGUUGCUGUUACAUCAACAGAUAAGUUUGAGAAACUUGUGCAGACUGUGAGAGACUAUCAUGCCACAUGGAAGACUGUUAGUAACAAACUGAAAAAUCAUCCUGAUUAUGAGGAUUACAUUAAUUUAGAGGGAACAAACAAAGCCCAGAAUACAUUUUCAAAACACAUUGAGCAACUUAAGCAAGAACAUAUAAGAAAAAGAAGAGAUGAAUAUAUUAAUACAUUACCAAGAGCAUUUAACACACUUCUGUCAAACCUUGAAGAGAUUGAACAUUUGAGUUGGCCUGAAGCUUUGAAAUUAAUGGAAAAAAAACAAGAUUUCCAUUUAUUCUUUGUGGUGCUGGAAAAAACACCCUGGUAUGAAACUGACCAUAUAGACAAAGUAAAUGACAGGAGAAUUCCAUUUGACCUUUUGAGCAUGCUUGAAGCUGAAAAGGUAUAUCAAAAUCAUGUGCAACAUUUAAUAUCAGAAAAAAGGAGAGUUGAAAUGAAGGAAAAGUUCAAAAAAACACUUGAAAAAAUUCAGUUCAUUUCUCCUGGGCAACCCUGGGAAGAAGUUAUGUGCUUUGUAAUGGAAGAUGAAGCUUUUAAAUAUAUUACAGAAGCUGACAGUAAAGAAGUAUAUAGUAGGCAUCAACGGGAAAUAGUCGAAAAAGCCAAAGAGGAAUUUCAGGAAAUGCUUUUUGAACAUUCAGAACUCUUUUAUGACCUGGAUUUGAAUGCAACACCUAGUUCUGACAAAAUGAGUGAAAUUCAUGCAGUUCUUAGUGAAGAGCCUAGAUACAAAGCUUUACAGAAACUUGCACCUGAUAGAGAGUCACUUCUGCUUAAACAUAUUGGUUUUGUAUAUCAUCCCACUAAAGAAACAUGUCUCAGUGGCCAAAGCUGUAUGGAUAUUAAAGUGGAACACUUACUUGCUAGAAGCCUCCUGCAAUUGGACCAUGGUCGUUCAAAUUUUUAUCAUGAUAGUGCCAACAUCGAUAAAGUUAAUAUUUUCAUUUUGGGUAAAGAUGGUCUUGCACAAGAAUUGGCAAAUGAAAUUCGGACACAGUCUACUGAUGAUGAAUAUGCCUUAGAUGGAAAAAUAUAUGAACUUGAUCUCAGACCAGUUGAUGCUAAGUCACCUUACCUUCUAAGCCAAUUAUGGACUUCAGCCUUCAAACCUCAUGGAUAUUUCUGUGUGUUUAAUUCAAUUGAAUCACUUAAUUUUAUUGGUGAAUCCAUUGGAAAAAUCAGGACUGAAGCUUCUCAAAUAAGAAGAGAUAAGUACAUGGCCAACCUUCCAUUUACUCUAAUAUUGGCCAAUCAACGAGAAAGUGUUAGCAAAAAUUUACCUAUUCUAAGACAUCAGGGGCAGCAGUUAGCAAACAAGUUGCAGUGUCCUUUUAUUGAUGUGCCUGCUGGUACUUAUCCACGUAAAUUUAAUGAGGCUCAGAUAAAGCAAGCAUUGAGGAGUGUUCUGGAUGCAGUUAAACACAAUUUUGAUGUUGUAAGCCCUAUUCCUACAAUUAAAGAUCUUUCAGAAGCUGACUUAAGAAUUGUUAUGUGUGCUAUGUGUGGAGAUCCAUUCAGUGUAGAUCUUAUUCUUUCACCAUUCCUUGAUUCGCAUUCUUGUAGUGCUGCUCAGGCUGGUCAGAAUAAUUCCCUAAUGCUAGAUAAAAUUAUAGGUGAAAAACGGAGGCGAAUACAGAUUACAAUAUUAUCAUAUCAUUCUUCAAUUGGUGUAAGAAAAGAUGAACUUGUUCAUGGCUAUAUACUAGUUUAUUCUGCUAAACGGAAAGCAUCUAUGGGAAUGCUUCGAGCAUUUCUUUCAGAAGUGCAAGAUACUAUUCCUGUACAAUUAGUAGCUGUUACCGAUAGUCAAGCAGACUUCUUUGAGAAUGAGGCUAUCAAGGAAUUGAUGACUGAAGGUGAACAUAUAGCAACUGAAAUUACUGCUAAAUUUACAGCUCUGUAUUCAUUAUCUCAAUAUCACCGUCAGACUGAGGUUUUCACCUUGUUCUUUAGUGAAGUCUUGGAGAAGAAAAACAUGAUUGAAAACUCUUAUAUCUCUGAUAGUACACGAGAGACAACGCACACAAAUGAAGAUGUUUUCUUGCAUUCUCCUAGAGCAAGUUCUCUUGCUUACAACUGUUAUCCAGAUUCAGAAGAUGAUACUGAAGCCCCACCUCCUUAUAGUCCAAUUGGAGAUGAGGUACAGUUGCUCCCAACACCUGAUCGCUCAAAAUACCGUUUGGAUGUAGAAGGUAAUGAAUAUCCCAUUCAUAGUACACCUAACUGCCAUGAUCAUGAACGCAACCACAAAGUGCCUCCUCCCAUAAAGCCAAAACCAAUUGUAACCAAGACAAAUGUGAAAAAACUGGAUCCAAAUCUAUUAAAAACCAUUGAAGCAGGUAUUGGUAAACAAUAUCCCAGAAAAACUAGAAUGAUUUUGGCACCAACUGAUGAUCUUGAACAAUCUGAUAACUAUGCUGAACCUAUAGACACUAUUUUUAAGCACAGGGGUGUUGCUGAUGAUACCUAUAUAACUCCAGAUGAUAGUCAGAAUCGUAUGAUUAAAUUUCGAAAUUCCUCUAUUAUAAAUAAUGCCCAAGGAGAGGAAGAAAAUGGAUUUCCUGAUAGAAUUUCAAAGACCCAUGGAGAAAGACGGCCCUCAAAAUAUAAAUAUAAAUCUAAAACAUUGUUCAGCAAAGCCAAAUCUUAUUAUAGACGAGCACAUUCAGAUGCAAGUGAUGAUGAAGCUUUUACAAUGUCUAAAACAAAAAGAAAAGGAAGACACCGUGGCAGUGAAGAAGAUCCACUUUUAUCUCCUGUGGAAACAUGGAAAGGUGGCAUUGAUAACCCUGCAAUUACAUCUGAUCAAGAGCUGGAUGAAAAAAAGAUGAAGAAGAAAACACAGAAAGUGAAAGAAGACAAGAAGCAAAAAAAGAAAACAAAGACUUUCAAUCCACCAACUCGUAGAAACUGGGAAAGUAAUUAUUUUGGGAUGCCCCUACAAGAUCUGGUUACACCUGAAAAAUCUAUUCCUCUCUUUGUUGAGAAGUGUGUGCAGUUUAUUGAAGAUACAGGUCUGUGUACAGAAGGUCUCUAUCGUGUUAGUGGUAAUAAAACAGAUCAAGACAACAUUCAAAAGCAAUUUGAUCAAGAUCAUAAUAUUAGUCUGGAAUCUAUGGAUGUAACAGUAAAUGCUGUGGCAGGAGCUCUUAAAGCUUUCUUUGCAGAUCUCCCGGAUCCUUUAAUUCCUUAUUCACUGCAUGCAGAAUUAGUUGAAGCAUCAAAAAUUCUUGAUAAGACUGAAAGGCUAUAUGAAUUAAAGGAAAUUGUGAAGAAAUUCCAUCCAGUGAAUUAUGAAGUGUUCAAAUAUGUAAUAACUCAUCUGAACAGAGUUAGUCAACAGAGCAGAACCAACUUAAUGACUGCAGAUAACUUAUCUAUAUGUUUUUGGCCUACUUUGAUGAGACCUGACUUUGAAAACAGAGAAUUCCUGUCAACCACCAAAAUCCUUCAGUCAGUAAUAGAAACAGUCAUUCAACAAUGCCAGUUUUUCUUCUAUGGUGGAGAAAUUUCAGAAAUGUCUGACAAUGUAGCACAUCAGCUUCCAGGUUCAAAUCCAGUACAGAUUUUACCACUACAAUUACCACCACCUCUACAACCUCAGCUAAUACAACCACAGUUGCAAGCAGAUCCUCUUGGAAUUAUUUAAAUAAAACAACUGACAAAAUGAUUUGUCAAGAGCUUGGCAAUGGAUACAGAGGAAACCUGGAUGUGCAUGUUUCAAGAUACAAUGACAACUUCAUUAUGAAAGAAUUUGAACCUAAACUAAGAUAUUUUUGUUUGUAGUCACUCUAUCCACCUUGUUCAUAACACUGCAGGUCAAAAUUAUGUGAUUAGCAUGACUGGAGAGGUUUAAUUUUUUAAAUCAUAAAUAACUAAAGUGCAAAGCUGCUGUUGCAUGAACAUUUACGCAAUCACUAUCAUUUUUGUGACAGUUUGUCACAAUAUAUUGUGAAUAAAACUUUUCUAUAGAAAUGUUAUUAAAUAAAUCAUUUAUGGAACACUCAAUACUUGCAGCCUGCUUUAGGGCUGUUUUUUGUUAUUUAAUUGUCUCCCCUCCCCAUCAUUUUCAUACCAAUUUAGUCCUAUUCUAGACGUAAAAUACAACCAUGUCUUAUUUAGAAAUUGUGAACUACUUAUACUACAUUGCAACAUAUUUUGGAAAAACAAACUGCACUGUUACAAAUGCCACAUUCCCAUACAUUUUUUCUCUUAAACCUGUGGAUAUUUUUUGUUGAGGGCUUUAGAAUUUUUUUCUUGUAGCACAAUACCAAGGACAUGCUUAUUGUAAAAGUGAGUUAAGCACUGUGCAAAUAUGUUAUGAUUAUCUACUUUCCCCUUAAUUUGCAUUAAUUAAUGAAACUUUUUAUAAUACUGUUAAUUCUGUAAGCUGCAUGUUUGAAAGAUCAUUGAAGGUCUUGUAAGCCUAAUAUAUUUUCUAUAUUUUAAUUUUUCCCACUAGAAAAUUCAUUUAGUGUAGAGAAAAUAAUUUGAUGAUUUCAUAUAAAGCUGUAUAACUUUUCGUACAUAAAUGAGAACUUUGCUGUAGUGUGAACUUGCUAAACCAAACAAUCUAGACCAUAAAUUUAACAUAUACACUAUGUCUAUUUUUCUGUGACCCUCUAAAGGUAUAAAAAGCAUUGCUAAUAUAUAGCAAUAAAUACUUUGGGUACUGAAGCAUCUAAAUUUGUAUAUAAAAAGGUAUCUCUCUUCAUUUUUUUUCCUGUGAGCUGUUGUAUUAUAUUUUCAAAAUAACUUUUGCACCAUUUAAAAUUAUUUUCCUUUUUUAUAUUGGUACAAAUAUCUCUCUUAAAGAAUGCUGCUUAAUUUUUAAACAUUCUUAAUUAAUAGUUGAUAGUUAAUAAACGUGGUGAAAGGCUAAUUAUGAAAAAAAUGGAACGGUUUAAAAUAUUUGAAUUGGUUCAGAUUUCUGUUCACAAAUGGGUUUCUUUCAUCUAUACAAGUGUUUCAGUGGAGAGAUCCCAACUUACACAGAUUUCCAAUGCCCCCAAACAGAUUGUUUUCCAUCUCUGGAAUAAAUCUUUAGAGAGGGAGAAUGAAUAAAAGUUGGCCCAUAAGCAGAAUGAAAUUUGCAUCCAGGUCUAAGUUUUCCUUACCAACUUUUUCUUUUAUCUGCAAAAUAGUUUUCUUAAAAAUAAGCUUUAGAAAAAAAGCAUUGCAAUAUCUGAACUAGUUGGGAGAUUUUACUAAUACUGUUGUCAUCUCAUUGUUUACUAUCAGCUGCAGUAUGUAGAACAUUUUUGAAUACUAAGGUAAUUUAAUUUGAUUUUGAUUUUAAAAACUUUUUAAAGGUUCUUAUUGGCCUUCUGAAAUAAAAAUUGCCUUUUUUCGUUAUGUCCUAGGUAUUGUACUUAGAGUUAUGACUUACAUUACCAUUAUACUUAAGAUACCAUAACCCAGGCUGCUGUUAAAAUAUUUGUAUAUUAUAAAUUACCUUGAUAUUUGUGUUAUAUUCUUGCAAGUAAUUAUCUUUUCUACAAAAGCAAAUGCUCUAUUCCAAUUCAAAGCACACAGGAUAUAAAUACAAUAAUAAAAAUUGUCCUGUAAAUGUAGUAGCAUUAAUUUGUUUUACAUCAUCUGCUGUUUAAAUAGCUUUUAUUUAUAGCCAUUAGUUUAACAGAGUCAUUUUAAGAAGAAAAUAAAUUGCAAGCAUUUUGUAAAUGAUUUCUAGGUUGCUAAAGAAUUUAUUUUUCUACUAUAGAUGGUAUGACAAAAGCAUCAAACUGUACAGGAAAAACCAUGUAUUCCUCUUGCAGACAGGCUUAAAUUUCUUGGCCUUAUUCCUUUAAAGGGUAUUCUCCAGCACAAUAACAGUUGAAAUUUAUUUCUGUUUAGAAUUGUCUUUUUGUAUUUUUAGUAUGUCUUUCAUUAAUAUACUCAUAUGGACAGUGUAGGCAAUUUGCUUCAGUGCUGCUCUUAGCUAUCUUUAAGGGUUUAAGGCUUCUUGGUUAUCUUCAGCACCCGUGUGCAGCAGGGCAUAAGUAUAUCUGUAUCUGCAUACCCCAUUACCCAAUGGCAGCAUUUUGAAUUCAUACUCCGAUUUAAAUCUGAAUCAUCUCCAUAAUUACAAGUUCCAUUAUAGCUUUAAAAAAACUCCUGUUGCUUGCCUUUUUUAACUCUGAAAUUCAAAUCGUUGGGAUCCUUUUUGGAGCACUCAGCAACAUUUUUUGAUCUGCUUUUGCUUUAACAGCUUCUCUGGGUGUUUGUAUGCAUUAAUUUCCCCUUAAGCAGAAUUGAUACGGCUCAAUAACAGGAAAAUCCGUCAAUGGGAUAUUUAAAAACUAGCUUCCUUGUAAUAAUUUGAGAUUGUUACCAUAGUGUAA